CAAACAAAAUCACUUGUCACUAAGCUAGCUCACUCGUAUAAGUUGUUACUCCGUCCAAGGACGAUUCGAACAGCGAUUCGACUCGUCGGCGCCGGAUGGCCGGAGAAGAGAAAUCUACUUGUCAACGCCUCACUCCUCAGUCUGCUGCGAAUCUCCUCGAUUCCGUCGAUGCGUUUCUCUUCGACUGCGAUGGUGUCAUUUGGAGAGGAGACGCGCUGAUUGACGGCGUUUCGGACACUCUGGAAGCCCUUAGAGCUAUGGGAAAGAAGUUGAUUUUUGUAACUAACAACUCGACAAAGUCCAGAAGGCUAAAUGCCAAGAAGUUUCAUUCGCUUGGCAUUUCCGUCUCCGAGGAUGAGAUCUUCUGCUCAUCAUUCGCUGCAGCCAUGUACUUGAAAGUAAAUAAUUUUCCUAAAGAAAAGAAGGUAUAUGCAAUUGGUGAGGAAGGCAUAUUGGAAGAAGUGACGCUUGCUGGUUAUACUUGUCUUGGUGGUCCUGAAGAUGGAAAAAAAACCAUCCAAUUGAAAUCAAACAGUCUAUUCGAGCACGACAAGAGUGUGGGAGCUGUAGUGGUUGGACUUGAUCGGCAUAUAAACUACUACAAGCUACAGUAUGGCACUCUAUGUAUACAAGAAAAUCCAGGAUGUCUAUUUAUUGCUACAAACCGCGAUGCCGCAGCCCAUCUAACUAGUCACCAAGAAUGGCCUGGUGCAGGAUGUAUGGUUGCUGCAAUGUGUGUCUCCACACAAAGGGAGCCAGUUGUAGUAGGAAAACCGUCCACCUUCUUGAUGGACUAUCUGCUGGAACAAUACAAUAUUCCGACGUCUAGGAUGUGCAUGGUUGGGGAUAGAUUAGACACUGACAUUUUAUUUGGACAGAACGGUGGUUGUAGAACCCUUCUUGUUCUUUCAGGUGUGACAAAUCUUUCAGAUCUUGAGGAUCCAUCAAAUCGCAUACGACCUGAUUACUUUACUAGCAUGCUGUCUGAUGUUGUCAAAUUAUGGAAGGAUUAUCAAUCGCCGGGUUAGGUAAUCCUCAUUUCCCCAGUUUGGGUAUUAAAACUGACAGUUGAGAUUAUGAUUUAAGUGUGCAAGCCUCAGAAGAGGGCAUAAGAAUGAGUCUUAUUGUCAUUUUUCCUGGUAAUAUGACACCCUCCUUGCAUUGUAAUAUUUAUGCAUAAUAAGGUGCGGCAGGGAUUUGAUUCUGAACCAGGAAUAAAAUCAGAUAAAUCUUGGUAAUAUGAGGUUACAUGACAAUUCAUAGUUGAAGUUA